UCAAAGCAGCAGCAACACAUCUCGAAUUGUGCGAUUCAAUUUUUGAAACAGCCCCCUGGUCUUAUGUCUUGACAUUUUGUUCGAAGUCGACACCACGUGUGUCCCUAGGACACAGAUUGGGCUUGCACAACAGGGAAGAUGCCUAAAGGGCGCCGCACGCGAGAAGUUGCGCGGGUCCAGCUUGAUGCCGCCGAGGAAGUCGCCAAUCUGGACUAUUUUGACAGGUCUGUUGUCAAGAGACAGAAGCUCAAUAAUGGCCGCAAUGACCGGAAUCCAGCAUCCGAGGAUCUAGGAGAGCAGAUAGACGACCGUACGGCCAGGCGUAUGAGGCGUGAGGCUGAUAAGCUCAGCCAAACCAAGCAAGCCGGAGCCAGAAGGGCCUCGCCUCGGCGGGGAAACGCGCGGUUGUCCGAAACGCGCGGGGGUGAGGACGAGGAUGAUGAGGACGAGGAGGACGAUGAUGAUGCAUAUGAAGUCAACCAUGCCCGGAUCACUCAAGCUAUGAAUCAAGCGCGGAAUGGGCCUAGGAAGCCGACGAUCAAUGGCAUUGGCUCGCUGCGGCGAAACAAGGAGCCUCCGCAUACUGAAGCGUCAUCGGACAUCGGAGAGAAAAACCAAGAAGAAGUUAUCAACGACAGGUUUAGGACAGGGUAUGGCGCAACCGGCGGGGCACCCAAGGCACAAAGCCAGCGGAGCCGCAAAGGCCGUGACAGGCCAAGCCAACAGAGCGACACGCAUGCAUACACCCCUGAGGAGCACGAGAGUGAGGAGCACGAGAGUGAGGAUGAGUCCUCAACUGAAAUCGAUGACCAAGCUGCCGAGGAUACGGCAUAUGUCGAAGCUCCUCAGCAAGACGAGGAGACCGAGACGGUCCAGGUCCUCAUCAACAGUAUGGGCGGAAUUUUUAAAACAUUGCAACACCCUGCGUGGACAAAUUCAACCCGUUGGAACCACGAUUUUGCGAGCGAAGACAACAAGGACGGCCAGAAAACCUGCAAAACACGCUCCGGGAAAGACUUGAUGGAGGAGGCACAGGGCCUGAACAAUAUCUUGGAGGAGGCCACUCACAUUUCGGAGGAGGGAUCCGAAGAUGACCACGACGUCACGUCAGCAGCUAUUGAGUGCCUGAGGGCGAGAAGCGCGGACGUUCAGCAACACCUCACUCGCAUGGAUAGGAUCGUCGAUGGGAUUUGUCGCCAGAAACUGCGUCCAGUACCACACACUGGAGAUUCCCGGACCAGAGUGCAAGCUGUCAAGAGGAGAAAAGCGAUGCUCAGGGAUUUGUCACAACGAUUGAUUCCCAUGUUGAUGAUCACCGUGAAGAAGGCAUGCGGCAUAUGUCCAUCGGAAGACAACCGAUCAAAGACGACCCUCCAUCUCGACUGCUUCAGGCUUCAGUUCUUUUUGCGACCUCUCGGGUGGGCUGAUAGACUCCACAAGGCACACGAAAGGUGUGUUGAUGAAGAUUUACGGACCGGCGACGAUGAUCCUGAUGAAGUCGGGUCUGAGGCGCAGUAUUUUCAGAAAUCACGUGAGACUUUCGGAUCGCAGUUGGAUGCUCUGCGCUAUGCUUGCAGGAGAGCCGAAAGAGAGAUACAGGACAGGGCGGCACAAGCCGAGCGAAGAGAACGCGAGGCUGAAAUGAAGCGUCAGCACCGAGAACGUGAAUACGAGCGACAACGGGUGCGUCAAGCCGAACAGAAGCGAAAACAAGAGGAGCAGAGAAUAAGGGACGAGAGGCAGAUGGACGCCUUUAUCCAGAGCACGCAUGCUUUGAGAUCAAGACAACCGUUGAGAGACUUGUGGGUCCAGAGUCAACAGCGCUUGCCUGAGCAUUUCCGUACACAGGGCGGAAGGUCGGGGGUCCACAGCCAGAGUUCGGGCGGAGCAGCUCGUCCUCAAGGCAGUCCAUCUAGGACUGCUCAGGCUCAGCCUGUCUAUCAGUCGGAUGACCCCUUUGAGGCCAAUUAUCGGGCCAGUUCGGAGCAAGCGAACAACACAAGCAGUCCAUCGUCUAAGGAGUUUAAAAUCCUGACCAAGGCCAUACGUUACGACAAGAAUUACGAUGUGACAUCUAUGGCGCAAAAGCUGCGACGCACCGAGCGCGAUGUUGCGAUGAUGGCCGCGUUCCUGAAGGACAGCUAUCGUGUUUACUACACACAGCAACACCGACCAAUUCCCGACUGGGCCGUCUAACUCAAUUGCAGAAAUUGGGAUGCGCCGAUUGAAGUUCUUUUAAUACUCGAUACCCAUAAUAGGCAUACUGAUCGUACUAGCCCAUCACUGCCCGACCACUAGCCGAGCUUUGUGCAACUGUAAUCCAGGUCGUUUGCAAGAGAGCCUUCUAUUAGAGACUGCGAACAGGCGGACAAACACAUCCUGUUGCGUGCUGUCUUACCUUGCCUUGGGGGGGGGGCACCGAUUGGUGCUCGUUUCGCUUUCACGACAACAGGCGAACCUACUAGAGCUAGUAAUC